AUUUAUACUUCUCUUCAAUGACACAAUUAAAUCAACCCUUUCACACCUUAAAAAGAUAUAUUUCCAUAAAACUAACUAUAACUCAUACUAAUAAUAAUGAACAUUAUCAUUAUUUAAUAGCAAAAUCUCAAAUCUCAAUCAGCAGAAAAAUCAAUCUUUCUGCUAAAAAUGAAAAUGGGUUUUACAAAUUUGAAGCUUUUUACAGUUUUUCUGCUGCUUUCAUGGCUGAAUCUUGGUUUGGGUCAUAGACCAGUUGGUGGUGAACAACCGCUUUCCAAGAUUAAUAUUUUGAGUACUACCCUUGCUCUUCAUCCACAUGCCUCCAUCGCUGCUUCUCCAAUUCUUCUGGGUUUCAAGGGUGAAGACACUGAGUGGGUAGACGUAACUCUUCAGGCCCCAAACCCAUCUUCAGAUGAUUGGAUCGGAGUUUUCUCUCCUGCAAAGUUCAAUUCUUCAGCCUGUUAUUCAGAAAUUGAUUUAAAAGAUCAAAAACCAUACAUAUGUUCAGCACCAAUAAAGUACAUGUUUGCAAACACCUCCAAUUCAGAUUACACAAAGAAUGGUAAAACCACACUACGUUUCCAGUUGAUCAAUCAGCGUGCUGAUUUUUCAUUUGCAUUAUUUUCAGGCGGCUUGUCCAAUCCACAACUGGUGGCAGUUUCAAAUUCUGUAUCAUUUGCAAACCCUAAAGCACCCCUUUAUCCACGCCUUGCUAUAGGGAAGUCAUGGGAUGAGAUGACAGUAACCUGGACAAGUGGCUACAAUAUAGAUGAGGCUGUUCCUUUUGUCCAGUGGGGCCCUCCAGACUUAAUCCCUAAGCGAGCACCAGCUGGAACAUUGACAUAUACCCGCAAAACCUUGUGUGGUGCGCCUGCAAGGACAGUUGGUUGGCGUCAUCCUGGCUUCAUACAUACAAGUUUCCUGAAGGAUUUAUGGCCAAACCAACUGUACAUGUACAGGAUGGGCCACAUCUUGUCCAACGGUUCAUAUGUUUGGAGCAAGACUUAUUCAUUCAAAGCUCCUCCUUCUCCUGGGCAGGACUCGUUGCAGCGUGUUAUAGUUUUUGGCGACAUGGGGAAGGCAGAGCGUGAUGGAUCGAACGAGUACAGUAACUAUCAGCCAGGAUCACUCAACACUACAGACCAACUAAUCAAAGAUAAAGAGAACUUUGAUAUUGUAUUUCAUAUAGGAGACCUUUCAUAUGCAAAUGGAUAUCUCUCGCAGUGGGACCAAUUCACCUCUCAAGUUGAGCCUAUUGCAUCAGCUGUGCCAUACAUGGUUGCAAGUGGUAAUCAUGAGCGUGAUUGGCCAGAUACCGGAUCUUUCUAUGGCAAGACUGAUUCAGGUGGCGAAUGCGGUGUGCCAGCCCAAACCAUGUAUUAUGUCCCUGCAGAGAACAGAGAUAAGUUCUGGUAUAAGUCAGACUAUGGAAUGUUCCGCUUCUGCAUUGCAGACAGUGAGCAUGACUGGAGAGAAGGAACUGAGCAAUACAAGUUCAUAGAGAACUGCCUUGCAACAGCAGAUAGGCAAAAGCAACCUUGGCUAAUCUUUGCAGCCCAUCGUGUCCUUGGUUAUUCAUCCGACAAAUGGUAUGGGAAAGAGGGCUCAUUUGAAGAGCCAAUGGGCAGAGAAAGCCUUCAAAAGCUUUGGCAGAGGUACAAAGUUGAUAUUGCAUUCUAUGGACAUGUACAUAACUAUGAAAGGUCGUGCCCUAUAUACCAGAAUCAAUGUGUAAACUCAGAGAAGACUCAUUACUCAGGCACCGUAAAUGGAACUAUCCACGUCGUUGCAGGUGGUGGAGGAAGUCACUUGUCAGAGUUCAGUGAAGUAAAUACUACUUGGAGUCUCUACAAGGACCAUGAUUUUGGGUUUGUGAAGCUCACUGCAUUUAACCGUUCAUCUCUUCUAUUCGAGUACAAGAAGAGCAGUGAUGGUAAUGUAUAUGAUUUCUUCACAAUAUCUAGAGAUUAUAGAGAUGUUUUGGCUUGUGUCCAUGAUGGCUGUGAACCAACCACUAUGGCAUCUUAAGUUUUCAAAUGUCAAAAUACAUUCAAGAUGGAUUACAGGGGUAAAUUUUAAAGACUAUACCGGUCUAGCUUAGGAAAAAUUAUUUGUAUACAAAUGGGAUAUUGGUUAUAUUAAUUAGAUUUCGAAGAAAUGUGCUUUCACAUUUUUAGUUUU